GUUUCUUCGUAGCAGCUGUCAUGUGAUAGCUCGUUUGAGGAGCUGCUGCUGUUGACAGUAGCUUCCUACUUUUCGAUGAAGCUAAAGUAAAACGAAGCAGUGAAGACAUUUUAUGUUUUUCGGAGGAGAUUAACGUGGCUCAUUUCUGACGGAGAACAGGGAAGCUGGGGUUGUGUAGUGUCGCCCCUCGGACGCCGUCAUGGGUUGCUGUUACAGCAGCGAGAACGAGACCCUCGAGCAGGACCAUGAUGAACGCAAGCCGCUAAUCCCCCCUCCAGUCAGCAAACCCCCAAAUGGGACGGACUGGAUCACAACUAGUGUCCCUUCGGCACGAACAGAUGAACAGGCCCUCCUAACAUCCAUCCUCACCAAGACAGCACAGAACAUUAUUGAUGUCUCAGCAGCUGAUUCUGUUAUGAUAGAGCAGCAUGAAUACAUGGACAAAGCCCGGCAAUACAGUACAAAGCUGGCUGUGUUGAGUAACAGUCUGCCUCAGAAGAAAGCCCUCACUCUCCCCUCCCUCACCAGCCAGCCCCACCAAGUGCUUGCGAGUGACCUGGUGCCAUACUCAGAUGUUCAGCAGGUGUCCAAGAUAGCAGCUUACGCUUACAGUGCAAUCUCUCAAAUCAAAGUGGAUGCUAAAGAAGACCUGGUGGUCCAGUUUGCCAUUCCUUGAUUUUGCAACUCUGGCCUGCAUACUGUUCCUCCCAUCCUGCCAUUUGUGUCACUUCUGCAUCCUCACUCUCCAGCCCACCCUUAUUAAAACAUCUUGGUCCUUGUGCUUUUAAGCUAUGCCUAUAACUGCUUCAAAGACAAAGAUGAUGUAAGAUUGCACCCUAUGGCUGUCCUUUAGUGUAUUAAUUAUGGGUCAGCAGGUAAUUGUCAUCAUAUGCAACCACUGGGAAGUGAUUUCAUAAGUGCAACAACAAGGCCUCUUUUUAUACUAAUGUAUGGAUCACAUGCUUUGUCAGGAUCAGCUGUGGGAAAAUCCUCAUUCAUCCUUCAUGGUGAUCUAUUUAUUCUUAAACGGUUUUUAUGACCGUCUCAGUGUCUUCAUUUUUCCUUUAGGCUGUUAAUUCUGACAAGCAAGGCCAGGACUUUUAGCACAAGGCAUUGGCUUUGGAUGGUUAAUGUUUGAUUCAGUCUCCAGUAGAACAAGAGAAAUGAGGAAUCUCUGUCAUGAUAGACUGGAAUUAAACACAGUUCCAUAGCUGUGAUAGCAGUGGUUGUAUCUUUAAACCACAUCACAGGGAAAAAAAUGCAAAAUGGCUUCAAAUGAUCACUUCAAAUGUCCUUUACUUUGCUUUGCUCUCCUGGAAUGACGCUGCCCAUCCCUGGGUGUUAACCCUGCUCAGUUUCAGAAAAACGAGUUAAAUUAGAGCUAAUUACAGAGAAAAAUGUCUUGAAGUGGCAUCAUACUUAAGACAGUUGUAAAAUGAUAUUGGUGUUUUCCUGCAGCAACAAAUUACAACCUUGACAUGAUCCAUGAAAGAGCAGAACUAUAAUACAUUAUUAUUGACAUUUUAUUGUAGUAAUGUUCAAAAAGUAUCAAUGAAACAUUCAGUGUUGGUUAUUGGUCCAUAAACUGAUAUUGCCCUUGAGGCCAAAUUAUUAAAGACCUAUCCAUUGCUGGUGUCUUCUGGAGGGUGAGGAUGCAAACACAAAGGAGGAUCCUGGAGUCCGCAGAUGUCAUUUGGGGGGCGUGAAAAUGAAGCUUUCUUGGGGCAGUGGUUUCUCCUGGUUACAGACAGUAAUGUGCCCUCUGCAGUUUUCUAGCACUAACAAAAUGAGUUGGCAGACUCUUAAAAUCAAAUCAAAGAGCUUCACAUAUUUAAUAGCAGCAUACAGAGAUAAAGAGGGUUGGUUUGGGAGGAAUUAUUGCAUAUUCAUGCCUUUGUACAGAAUUUUCUGAUUGAAUAUAAAACUGAUGAUGGAUUGUAUGAAGUUCCUCUUUUCGUUGAGCGUUCAGGAUUGGCUAAGAUCUUGUGGUGAUGACAACGUUUUUAUGAAACACAAGAACACUUUUAUGGCUUGCCUUUGUUUUUCAGAUCUCAUUUUGUUACAUGAUCAAGUUGUCCAUAUUAAUCAGAAACUAACUGUUGUAGCAGAGUGGGAGAGCAUUAACAAUCUAUGUACCAUCGCAGAUAAAAUGAUCAGAGACCUUUUGUGAUUAUUUAUUUGUGUUUUUUAAAUGUAUAUUUGCUCUUUGGAGGAGAGCAUGUGACCGUGUGCAUGGGAAGGGAGCACAGUGAGAGUGAGUCGCUCUUGAAGAAGGGAUGAUCUGCAAGGCUGUGAUUAUUUCAUCCACCCAACUGAUUUGAGCUUUUGCUAUGGGUUCUUGGCAUUUUUUCUGUUCAGUUUGUUACUCAGAUGUGUUAUACUACCUGGAAUACGUUUGUAAUAUCUUAGGCUAGUACCAAAAAGUUUUAAGAUUUUUGUGUUUAUUUUUGUUUGUGUUUUUUUUUUCUUUUGGUUUGAUUAAUUCAUUAAAGAUUUUCAACAUAA